UUUGUUCUCUUUUCACUGGAAAAAUGUCAUCUUACGAUAUGGAAGAUAACUUUAGAAAUAUACCGUAAAUAAAAUGUUGAGGAAACGAAAGGGUUAGAUAAACCUCCAAAGCCCUGGUGUAAUGUGUUUUCAUAGCAAUCACCUGCACCAGGUGGAGUGAUACUGGUCCCCGCCCUCAGAGAACACAGGAUGCAAAUGCUCUUGUUGUACAUAUCAGGUUUUUAGUCAUCCUGUGGGAGGAGAGGCAGCUGACAGUGCGCUUCUGCUUGCAGAUACUAAACUACAACCUACACCAGCUGGAAUACACUAGGCAAGAAGCUUCAAAUAAAACCCAAUGUCCAGUGGACCACAAUAGAUUUCGCUACAGAGAUGCCAAUUGCAGAAUUGCUUGGAGUGCAGUUUGACAUGCAGCUCCUGGGCAAACUAACGCUAUCCGUGGCCACCAUGCUAUUUGUCUCCUUGGUUUUCAGAUUCUACCACUCCAGGGCACAAAACAGACGGCGAGGAAGUGGAAGAAGGGGUGUGCAAGCGACCCGAGGAAGCUACAGCGCCUGCAAUGCCGAGCAAGAACCACGGAGUGAGGCUGCAAAGGAGUCGUCUGACAAAGAAUCUUCAGAGAAACCCUUGCAAGAAAGCCUUAAAAAUGCCUUGAACGGGGGCCAGCCUGAAACUUUGGAUUUGGACAGUUGCGCAAAGGAGGAACCGGCAGGCAUAAUUGAGGAUAUAACUCAGGCGGAGAGUGGCAAACCAAAGUUGACCUUAGAGCUUCCUGGUUUGAGUGAAAAAGCUCCAGGAAGUCCAAGUGGUCGCCGAUCCCCGGUUGUAAUGAAGAAGCUGGAAGGUGGCUUAGGUGUUGGCAGGCAGCUGAGACAGGAUGUUGGUCACCAAGGCAUGUUCUCGAGUUUUGAAUCAAAGGCAGAAAUCAAAGUAGAGAACGCUGACCUUAUCUUGGACGGACCAGGGAAUUGUAAAACAGGCGUCCAUGGGAAGAUCUACGAGUACUAUGUAGAAUCCUCAUCUCAUUUCGUCUCAGAUUCAAGCCCUACCCGAUCUAUCAGUCCAACCUAUGGUCAAAACGAAAACGGGACUUUGUUUAAAAAAUCCCAGUCAUUGGAUUUACCCAAUUUUAAGGACCGCCCCCGAUCACCAAGUCCACAACCUUCUAGAUUCAUCAUUAGCGAUCUUGAAAUCGCCCCACGAGUUACUAACGAGCCUUCCUCAACAUUUCAACCCGAGUCUGUGAGGUACAGCAGGCAAGCAGUCAUCCGUCAGGACAGCUAUCUUACUGCUGCCAGUGACUCAGAGCUUCCAAUCCCCUUGCCUACGCAGAGGGCUUUAACACCUCGCAGCUGUUCCCCAGCACAUCCCAAUGACAUCCUGAGCCUGGAUGCGCCAGAGGAACCGCAAGUCGAAACUGUCGCCGGAGCGCAAUUCUUACACUUUCCAGAGAACCUGGGCAAUGCGGAACUCGAGACUCUAGCAGGGAAGCUUGAUUUAGGCAACUGCUUGGAGGCUCUAACACUUGCUAAAAAACACAGUCACACUGCCCUUCAGCAAGCUGCUCUCCGUGUCAUGUCUGAUAAUUACCUUCAGGUCCUCAGAGACCCAGGCCUCUUUGGCAGGCUGAAAGCAGGGGAGCGUGAUCACAUCCAAACACAACGCAUGAGAGGAAGGAAGUGGUUAGUGGUCGCAGAUAUGGAUUCGCCGGAUUGGUGUAGACGUCCGUCACAGUCUAUGGAGUCAGAGUCUGAAUCAGUUAAGUCAUCCAGCAGUAUUUAUUACUACGAUGAUUACAAGGACACGUGGCACCUUCACACCCACAUUCCCCAGGAAGUGUUAUCUAAAGGUUGCGCCAUGUGCACCAUGGAUAAUUAUCUAUUUAUCGCAGUGGGUUUCCAAGGCUCGGACCGCGAAGCGACUCCUUCGAAGAAAGUGUACUGUUACAACCCAAUGACUUCAAUUUGGAGCGAAAUAAGCCCAAUGAAUGAGGCAAGGCCUCAUUGCAAACUCGUGGCUCUGCAAGGCCAUCUUUACGCCAUUGGAGGCGAAUGCCUAUCGACGGUUGAGCGCUACGACCCCAGGACAAACCGGUGGAGUUUUGUUGCACCUCUUCCUAACGAGACAUUCGCCGUCGCUCACAAGGCCACAGCUUGCAACGGUGAAUUGUUUGUCGCAGGGGGCACGUUGAGAUACACCCUCUUGCGCUACAAUCCCAAGAGCAACACAUGGCGGGAGAGCAUGAUUGUGGGCAGCAAGGACAAGACUGCAGAGAUGGUGGCGGUCAGAAACUUCUUGUACCGUUUUGACGUCAGUCCUCUGGGCAUCAGCGUGUACCGAUUUCACGCCGUGGCCCGACUGUGGUACGAAUGCUCUUCGAUACGCAUCCCACAUUGCACGGCUUUUCAAUGUGUGACUAUGGACAAUAUUAUCUACUGCGUGAGCCGUCAGUUUACCUUGAGGUUCCUUGCAGAUGAGGUAUCUCCAAGCUUUGUCGCACAGGAUUUGAACGUUCUGUCUUCGGCUAAAGGUAUUUUGUUUCCGUUCGUCCUUGUGCUGCCCGACAGCACCACCCAACAAACUUGUGUCUGAAAAAAGGUCAGAUCUUUCAAGUAGGAGGUUGUCUGGUAAGAACAAACACUCAGGACCAUAUUAUGCACAUGUUAAAGGAAUGCACCUUUUCUUAAUUAGUGGCAACUGAGAUAAAAUAUCAAGGCUAUUACAUCCAAUUAUUGUACAGCUACAUCAUAAUUACACAGCACUUACUGAUAAAUAAAUCUGCUGUCGCAGUGAAGGCUAUUUGUUUGUUUGGGCCUUCAAACCACUCUGACGUCUCAAUCAACCUUUAAAUCCUGGAAAUGUCUUGUGCAAGUGCUUAAAAUGUUUCAGUAAAUAUACCACUUUUGAAACACUGUGUGGAUAAUGUUAACCAAUCAAUACUGUGUGUAGAAUAAAGCCGAACUGCAGUUGCAGAGCAGGCAUCAUAAACAACAUAAAUGGCUGCCAUUAGUACAAUUUAUGUAAGCUCUCUAAUUAUAUUCAUAGCUUUUUUUUCCUUUUUGCAUAUUUGCAGUUGUUUCUCUGCAUAUCACACGAUUAAUCUUACACGAUACAAGCUUAUUUUUAUGUAAGAUGUAAAUCUAUAUUUGUUGUAUAUUUUGUUGUAAUCUAUUUUUUCACG